GAUAUUAACACUGCCCCAGGAAGUCUCCUUAUGUAAACUGAAAAAGAUUUCAGCGCUUUUCCCUUUUUGUUCGGCACUGAAAUCCAUAUACCCGUUGUCUUCACUGUGAUCUCAAAUCGGAGUCUCUUUGUCAUUACGAUUUUUUGUCUGUUUUGAUUUUUUUUCGUUUCGCAUCGAAGCUUCAAAUCACUGGGGAAGUGAUUGCUGCUGAGUUUUGGAUUUGGUUAGUUAUUCGGAUCGGUGGUAUUGAGCUCAGGAAUUGAAUCGAAUAGGAAGAGAAGUUGAGGAAAUUUAAAAGACAAAGCAAAUGCAGAGCAAGGGAUCGAGUGUGCGAUUCACUGGAAUGGUGAUUCGGUCCCCAAUUUCGACUCUCAUGCUUUCCAUGUUCGCAACUUUUGCUUCUCUAUACGUCGCCGGACGAUUGUGGCAGGAUGCAGAAAACAGGGUUUACUUGGCAAAAGAGCUCGACAGAAUAACUGGCCUGGGAAAAACUGUAAUGUCAGUCGACGAUUCAUGGAAAAUCAUAGAAUGCAGGGAACAACGGAAGAAAUUAUCAGGCUUGGAGAUGGAACUUGCUGCUGCCAGACAGGAAGGUUUUGUUUCAAAACAUUUAUCCGAGAUCAAUAGAACUCCUAAGAGGAGACCGCUUGUAGUGGUAGGAAUAUUUACGGGAUUUGGUCGUAAGAGCAACAGAGAUGCUAUACGGAAGGCAUGGAUGGGCAUUGGUGCAACUUUGAAGAAGAUGGAAGAAGAGAAGGGAAUCAUUAUUCGUUUUGUAAUAGGCAGAAGCUCCAAUCGAGGAGACAGCAUGGAUAGAAGUAUUGAUGGCGAGAACAAACAAACAAAUGAUAUUUUUAUUCUUGAAAACCAUGUAGAGGCACCUGAGGAACUUCCAAACAAGACAAAAUUAUUCUUUGCUCAUGCUGCAGAAAAAUGGGUUGCUGACUACUAUGCAAAAGUCAAUGAUGAUGUCUAUGUAAAUGUUGAUGCCUUGACAAAUGUACUUACUGCUCAUUUGGAGAAACCUCGUGUCUAUAUCGGGUGCAUGAAAUCAGGAGAAGUUUUCUCUGAACGGGGCCAGAAAUGGUAUGAACCAGAUUGGUGGAAAUUUGGGGAUGGGAAAACUUACUUCCGCCAUGCUUCAGGUGAGAUGUUCGUGAUAUCCCAGGCUUUGGCCAAGUUCAUCUCAAUCAACAGAUCUAUACUUCGUGUUUAUGCCCAUGACGAUGUCAGUGCUGGUUCCUGGUUUAUUGGGCUGGAUGUCAAGCAUGUUGAUGAAAGGAAGUUUUGUUGCUCAGCCUGGUCCUCAGGAGCUUUAUGUUCAGGCGUAUAAUCCUAUUGAUGACUCCAAGAACAGUACAAAGCAACCGGCAUUGCUUCUAUUCUUUACAACAACACUGACAAAUCUAUUGCACAUAGGACUAGAUUAUUUCAGGAGGCAUUCUUUUCCCAUCAUCUGCUAAACUUUUCCAUACAACUACACCGGAGAUACAGAAUCAUAUAUGCAGCCAGUUGGCUAUAUCACAUGUACUAAUUCCUUGUACAACCGAAUGUAACAUUUUUGUGUUAUAGCAUUUAUAGUUUCCGAGGCUGGUGUUUGUCUCCG